AGGGAAUCCCACGCCGUCUUCUGGCCACCGUGGAUACUGCAAGCACGUGGUAUAGCGAUUCAGCAAAACAACCAUACACUUUACAAAGAGCAAACCCAAAACCUUCUUGUCUUUUCUGAGGAAGGAAAACGGAGACUUUAGUGUCCGAAAGGGAUAGACAAGCGCCGUUUGACAGUACUGAAGAGGGAGGGCGAAACUGCAACUGUUGUCAAGGAGACGGAUCUCCCACUGCUGAUUUGAGGAGAACUCUGGCACAGCCUCUACGACCUCCUCUACUGGCACUUAAAGGUCCCGGAGACCGGUCUCCCAAGUGUGCUGCCUCCACCGGUUUCCAGGACAACGAAAGCAGCGAUUCCUCCGGUCGGUCCCCGACACGUCUGCGUAUUCCUGAGGUGCUGGUAACUCAACCUAGGUGGCCCCAUGGAGGCCCCAGCGCCCCAGCCAGUGAAGCAGGAGAAUCUGUCGGUUGAGGCCCUGACGCUCGACUCCCCGUGGCACCGCUUCCGCCACUUCCACCUGGGCGAUGCAGCUGGGCCACGUGAGGCCCUGGGGCUGCUCCGGGCCCUGUGUCGGGACUGGCUCCAACCGGAAGUGCACACGAAGGAGCAGAUGCUGGAGCUUCUGGUGCUGGAGCAGUUCCUGAGCGCCCUCCCUGCAGACACCCAGGCGUGGGUGUGCAGCCGCCGGCCCCAGAGUGGAGAGGAGGCUGUGGCGCUGCUAGAGGAGCUCUGGGGCCCAGCAACCUCCCCAGAUCGGUCGACAGCAAUGAGGCCACCUCGGGAUAUGACAGAAGGCCCGGGGGGCAGUGUUGGAAAGGAAGAAAGUGGGGUAAUUCCCUUAGGAACCGGGGCCUCCUCCGAGACAGAGGUGCCCUCAACGGGGAACAGCGCGGCCAUGCGUCCGUACAAGCAGGAGCCGGGCAGCCCCCCACCAGCCCCGUUGGCACCUGUCCUCCCAGCAUUCCUGGCGGCCCCAGGCACUGUGUCGUGCCCGGAGUGUGGCAAGUCUCCCCUAAAGCCGGCGCAUCUGCUGCGCCACCGGCAAAGCCACUCCGGCGAGAAGCCGCACGCGUGCCCUGAGUGCGGCAAGGCAUUCCGGCGCAAGGAGCACCUGCGGCGCCACCGCGGCACGCACCCUGGCAGCCCGGGGCCUGCAUUGCGCCCCCUGCCAGCGCGCGAGAAGCCGCAUGCGUGCUGCGAGUGUGGCAAGACCUUCUACUGGCGUGAGCACCUGGUGCGCCACCGCAAAACACACUCUGGCGCGCGGCCCUUCGCCUGCUGGGAGUGUGGCAAGGGCUUCGGGAGACGUGAGCAUGUGCUCCGUCACCAGCGCAUCCAUGGCCGGGCGGCCGCGGUAGCGCAAGGGACUUCAGCACCGGGUCCAGAGGGUGGCGGUGCCUUUCCACCUUGGGCUCUGGGGUAGCUGUGAUUCCAAACACCUGCUACAGGGCCUCAUCCCCUUAGGAUCCUCCCAACCCCAUUGCUUCUUCCCUUUCAGGUCUCACCCAUAUUCACUCCUUCCUCCCUUCUGGAAUUCUCAGCUUUCACCCACCCCUGCGAAAUACCCUCUGUCCCUCCCUCAUUCCAUCCCCUUUUCAUGGAGGAAAGACUUGCCCCAGGACACCCUUCACGUGGGGAAGGGGGCUCAGGGAAGGAGCAGAGCCCCCGCUCCUCCCACCUCCCAAGGAAGGUGAUUUUGAACCCUAGGACAGAGUCAGGGCCAAUGGAGAGAGGAGACCCAGACCGGAUCUGGUUCUUUCCACAGCCCAAAGGAAUGAAGUGGGGAGAGGUGCCCGAGACAGCUUGUCACAGAUGGCAGGUCACCAGCAUCUGAGAGAGUAAUAAAGGGACUGACUCAGUGUGUACAGGAGUGCGCGACUCUCCGGUGUUGUGGGAGCUGAGCAUCUGAGGCACAGGGGACUUGGGGGCUCCACCUCAUACAUUGCAGGAAGAAAGACUAGACUUGGAAAGGCUGGCACCAGAUACACUCCCAUCCUGGUUGUCCUAGUUGUAUAGCUUCAGGUAGAUGGAACCCCUCCCCCUCUUUUUGGGGCAAUAGUUCCUGUUUCAUAUGUUGUGGUGCUUGUAAUGUUGCCUACCACCAUUGCUGAGUUAAUAAGUUAGUGAUUUGAGGCCACUCCUAGAUAUCUAAGUGCCAGCCAGCAGGUCUGGAAAACAUUUUACCGAGAAGACUCCAUUCUGGACUUGAGAAGGCAAGGGUUGCCCCUUGACAUGAGUUCUUCACAGUGACUUCUUCAGGAAGCAUUUCUUUGGGUACGUAGUCUGCUCCAAUCUGCUGUGGAGCAGGCUCUUUGGUUAGCACAGUCCUUGGACUGGCCCUGCUGGGGUCUCUGAGUACCUGCUCUGAGCCCCUGGGCUCUGCUUCCUCACCAGAACUCUAUAUUCUUGCCACACAAAGUGGAAGCGGGUAGAGGGACCCCAAUGCUCUAUUUUUUUGUUUUAAGAUAGAAACUUGCUGAAUCAAUCCAAGCUGACCUUGCGCUCAUUGUGUAAUCAAAGGUGACCACAAGUUUCUGAUUCUUUUGUCUCCAUCUCUCCAAUUUGAGGCUCAUAAGUGUGCACUAUGUCUGGGACCUUAAAAGGGAUGUGCCACCAUGCCCAAGUUUUAUUCUGGUUGUGCUUUGUGGGGGUUUUAUUUUCGAGACAGGGAUGUUAUGUAGCCCCAACUGUCUUGAAGCUUGCCAUAGAACAGGCUGCCCACAAACUCAGAGAGAUCUACCUACCUCUGCCUCCUGAGUGCUGGGAUUAAAAGUGUGAGCCACCAUACCCGGUCCUUAUUCUUAAUGUACACAUGAGACCUUCCUAGAAUACAUACCCAAAGAAAUGGUCAAGCUAGAUACAACUAUGCUUUUAGAAAAAGAAUAGUAAAUGUGUGAAUACGUGCCAGAAUGGGUUUUCCAGAAUUUUACAGCUACUCUGUUUCAGAGACUCACAAAGGUGUAGACGCAGAUACCACCAGCCACCUUUGACAAAGCUCCCAAGCCCCAAUGUCCACCCUAACAUGACUAAUGAACCCUAGUUCUGAAAACCGCACUGAGACAUGCAUCCAUGCAAAAUGUACACGCGGCUUAGGGUCCACGUCCAUGCAUUGUCUUUCAUGGCAGCAGUUGGUGUGGAGAUGUCAGUCUUGCUGUGCAGUGGGACAGACUAGGGAAAUCACAUCAGCUGCAGGCUUUCAAGUAACUGGGAGGGGUUGGAACAGUGGGAAGGUGGGGGUGUCAUGCAGACAGGAAGCCCAGUGAAAACGCUUUGCUUGGCUGAGACAAAUCAGUGGGUAAGAGCACUUGUUCUGUAAACACAGGACCCGAAGUCAAUUCAUCAGCAUCUAUAACAUUGCACUGGCAGAAAAGCAGAACCAUUGCUAGUGAAAUAGAGUGAAAUACUCUCAUACCCGCUGGAUUUUGACACAGAGGGUAACAAUACGCACUGGAGAAAAGACAGCAUCUUAAACAGAGGGUGUUGGUCACACUGGAUAGCUACAUGUAGAAUGAACAUAGAUCCAUAUCCAUCACCCUGCAUAAAAUUCACCUCCAGGUGGGCCAAGGACAUCAACCUAAGACCAGAUAGAUACCUUGAAUCUGAUAGAAGAUAGGGAAUAGGCUUGAACUCACUGCCCCAGGAAAAGACUUUCUGAACAGAGCACUGACAGCACAGGCGCUAAGACCAACAAUUAAUAAUGGGACCUCCUGAAGCUGAAAAGUUCUGCACAGCAAAAUGACAGAGCGAGAAAAGAAAUCUUGACCAGCUAGCUACCUAUCUAGCAGAGAGUCUGCACCCAGAAUAUAUAAAGAACUAAAGAAACCAAGCAUCAUGAAAACAAGCCAAUUUUAAAAGUGAGGCAUGGCAACAUACGGAGUUCUCCGAAGGUUAAGCACAAAUGGCUUAGAGGCAUUUUUAAAACGUUCAGCAUCUUUACCCAUCAGUAAAAAUGCAAGUUAAAAUAACUUUGAGAUUCUUUUAUCCUAGUCAUAAUGGCUAUGAUUUAAGGGAAGAGAGAGAGAGAGAGCGAGCGAGCUGGGCAGUGGUGAUGGACACCUUUAACCCCAGUACUCAGGAGGCAGGGGCAGAAGGACCUCUGUGAGCUCAAGGCCUGCAUGGACUACAGAGUGAGUUUCAGGACAGCCAGGGCUACACAGAGAAACCCUAUCUGGAAAAAACCCAAAUAAAUAAGUAGAUGACCAGUGCUGGCAUUGGUGUUGAAUAGUGAACAUUUACUCAUUACAGACUAGUGCAACCACUAUGGAAGUCAGUGUGGAGGCUUCUGAAACCAACAGACCAAAAGCUGAAAACAGCUGCAACACUUGUGGGCACAUAUUUCAAAGACCACACUUAUCUUACUAGAGAGACGCUUGCUUCACCCACAUUCAUCGCUGUUCUGUUUAUAGCCAGAGGUGUAAACUGCCUAGAUGUCUAUGGUGGUCUGUAUAUGCUUGUAACACGGAGUGGCACUAUUAGGAAGUGUGGCCUUGUUGGAGUAGGUGUGUCACUGAAUUUGGGCUUUAGGACCCUCACGCUAGCUGCCUGGAAGUCAGUUUUCUCCUAGCAUCCUUCAGAUGCAGAUGUGGAACUCUCAGCUCCUCCUGCACCAUGCCCAUCUGGACUCUGCCGUGUUCCCACCUUGAUGAUAAUGGACUGAACCUCUGAACCUGUAAGCCAGCCCCAAUUAAAUGUUGUCCUUAUAA